AUUGUCUGUCGCCUCUUGGCCCCUCCCCCUGCCCUCGACAGUCACCGGCGACCGGUGGAUGCAGUGGCGAACACACAACUCAUUUUUUUUAUCUGCCAAAAUUCCGAACUCGUCGCCCUCUCAUCUCUGACCCUCAAUCUCAAACGAACCUCACUCACACAGUCACACUCCAUCAAGGGUUCGACUAUCGGCCGUAGUACCAAUCUCUUUGUCACUCGCACUCUCAAACGACCACUAGACUCUAUCUGAUCUCAUCUGCCUCAGCGGCUUGUCUAUCUGCUCGACCACUUGGCUCUGAUUUGGAAAUCGAUUUUGUCUUCGGUCCAUUAGUAUUCUAGUUCUCCAUCUCGGUUGUUGGUUUUGGGAUAUUUGAUGCUUUUGCAGUUAUAGAAAAGGAAGAAAUUACGACUGGUUAUCAGACUCUGGCGCUGCUAACAAAAUCCAAGACCUAAUUUUGGAGGCAAUGGCCUGUGUGUAUAUUCCAGUACAAAAUUCAGAGGAGGAGGUAAGAGUGGCUCUUGACCAGCUUCCCAGAGAUGCAACUGAUAUUCUUGACAUUCUUAAAGCCGAACAAGCACCUCUCGAUCUCUGGCUCAUUAUCGCGAGGGAGUACUUUAAACAAGGAAAAAUUGAACAGUUCCGCCAAAUUCUGGAAGAAGGGUCCAGUCCUGAAAUUGACGAAUACUAUGCAGACGUGAGAUAUGAAAGAAUCGCCAUCUUAAAUGCCCUGGGGGCCUAUUAUAGCUACCUAGGGAAAAUUGAGACAAAACAAAGAGAGAAGGAAGAACAUUUUAUUUUGGCGACACAGUACUACAACAAAGCCUCCAGAAUCGAUAUGCAUGAGCCUUCAACUUGGGUUGGAAAAGGUCAGCUUUUGCUAGCUAAGGGUGAUGUUGAUCAGGCUUUUGCUGCAUUCAAGAUCGUAUUAGAUGGAGACCGAGAUAAUAUUCCUGCUCUUCUUGGCCAGGCUUGUGUUGAGUUCAAUCGUGGGAAAUACUCUAGUUCAUUGGAGAUGUACAAGAGAGUCUUGCAAGUGUAUCCUCGAUGUCCUGCAGCUGUACGACUUGGCAUAGGUCUCUGUCGCUACAAAUUGGGUCAAUUUGAGAGGGCCAAACAAGCAUUUGAGCGUGUGUUGCAGUUAGAUCCAGAAAAUGUUGAGGCCCUUGUGGCACUCGGGAUUGUGGAUUUACAAUCCAAUGAAGCUUCUGGUAUUAGGGGAGCAACGGAGAAGAUGCAAAGAGCCUUUGAUGUCUAUCCAUAUUGUGCGACGGCACUAAAUUAUCUGGCUAACCAUUUCUUCUUCACUGGUCAGCAUUUUCUAGUUGAGCAAUUGACUGAAACAGCUCUUGCUGCAACUACUCAUGGCUCAACAAGGGCACAUUCUUAUUAUAACCUUGCACGGUCAUAUCACAGCAAGGGUGAUUAUGAAAAGGCUGGACUAUACUACAUGGCAUCUGUAAAAGAAAUCAAUAAGCCUCAAGAGUUCAUUUUACCUUUUUAUGGUCUGGGACAAGUACAACUAAAAUUGGGAGAUUUCAAAAGCUCUCUCUCAAAUUUUGAGAAAGUCUUGGAAGUUUAUCCUGAGAAUUGUGAGACAUUGAAGGCUGUUGCUCACAUUUAUCUUCAGCUCAACCAGACUACCAAGGCUCAUGAAGCUUUGAGAAAAGCCAUCCGAAUUGAUCCACGAGAUCCGGAGGCUUUUCUGGAUCUUGGAGAAUUGUUAAUUUCAACCGACUCUGGAGCUGCUUUGGAUGCAUUUAAAACCGCACGUAAUCUUUUGAAAAAGGCAAAUGAAGAAGUAUCAAUCGAGAUUCUCAACAAUAUUGGCGUUCUUCAUUUCGAAAGAGGAGAGUUCGAGCUUGCUCAACAAACCUUUAAGGAGGCUCUUGGUGAUGGAAUAUGGCUCAAGCUAAUAGAUAGUGAACCACAAUCUAACUCUAUUGGAGAAUCAUACUCUGAUCCUAUCAGGAAAGCAUUAUAUCAGCCCAUGGAGUCCAGUUUAGCUGCUCGAGUGUACAAGGACAUGCAGUUGUUCCAUAACCUUGAGAAGGAUGGUAUUGCGGUGGAAUUACCAUGGGAUAAAAUCACAACAUUGUCCAACCUUGCUAGAUUAUUCGAGCAGUUGCAUAAAACUGAGACUGCUAGCAUAUUGUACCGUCUGAUCUUGUUUAAGUUCCCGGAGUAUGUAGAUGCUUACCUAAGACUUGCUGCUAUUGCAAAAGCACGGAACAAUGUUCCACUGAGCAUUGAACUGAUUCGUGAUGCUCUGGAGGUGGAUGACAAAAACCCGGAUGCGUUGUGCAUGCUAGGUGACUUGGAGCUUAAAAACGAUGAUUGGGUCAAGGCAAAAGAUACCUUCCGUGCAGCAAAGGAUGCAUCUAAUGGGAAGGAUUCUUAUGCUACUCUUUGUCUGGGGAACUGGAACUACUUUGCAGCAGUACGAUCUGAGAAAAGAGCUCCUAAGUUGGAAGCUACGCAUUUGGAAAAAGCCAAGGAAUUAUACACAAAGGUCUUGGUAGAGCAUCCAGCUAAUAUGUAUGCUGCCAAUGGUGCUGGUGUGGUUUUGGCAGAAAAAGGUCAAUUCGAUGUUGCAAAGGAACUUUUUACACAGGUUCAAGAAGCGGCAAGUGGAAGUGUUUUUGUCCAAAUGCCAGAUGUGUGGAUAAAUUUAGCACAUGUUCAUUUCGCUCAAGGCAAUUUUGCAUUGGCCAUCAAAAUGUAUCAAAAUUGUUUGCGGAAGUUCUAUUACAACACAGACAGUCAAAUUCUUCUCUAUCUAGCCCGUACACAUUAUGAAGCCGAACAGUGGCAGGACUGCAAAAAGACACUACUUAAAGCUAUUCACUUGGCACCUUCAAAUUACACGUUAAGAUUUGACACAGGUGUUGCCUUGCAGAAGUUCUCGGCAUCGACAUUACAAAAAACAAAAAGGACCGUGGAUGAGGUGCGUGCAACGGUUGCUGAGCUUAAAAACGCUGUUCGCUUAUUUAGUCAGUUGUCUGCGGCUUCAAAUCUACAGUUUCAUGGGUUUGAUGAGAAGAAAAUUGAAACCCAUGUUGGAUAUUGCAAGCACUUGCUUGAGGCUGCAAAAGUUCACUGUGAUGCUGCUGAGCUGGAAGAUCAACAAAAUAAACAUAGACAAGAACUUGCUCGUCAAGCAGCAAUACGGGAGGAAGAGAGCCGGUUGGCUGAAGAGCAGAAAAAAGUGAAGUUAGAAAAACGAAAACAAGAGGAUGAGCUGAAGAAGGUGAUGCAACAGGAACAACAUCUAGAGCGUAUUAAGGAACAUUGGAAGAGUAGUAGUGGCUCUAAGCGAAAAGAUAGGGCUCAGGCCGAGGAUGAGGAGGGCGCACAAGGUGAGAGAAGGAGAAGAAAAAGUAACAAGAAGAGAAAGAGAGACAAGAAAGCAGAAACUCACAUGGAUGAUCAAGAAGAAACCGAAGAGGAUAACACUAACACAAACUAUUACGAACCAGAGAAUCAAGUGAAUGAUCAGGUAGAUGAUGAUGAUGAUAAUCCACAGGACCUGCUUGCAGCUGCUGGACUUGAAGAUUCUGAUCUGGACGAUGAUGCUGCUGCACCUUCAUCAAAUACAGGCAGAAGAAUACGGGGAUGGUCAGAGUCUGAUGAGGAUGAGCCAGAAAAGAGGCAACGUAGCUCCAGUCCUGUUAGAGAUAACUCUGUGGAGAUGCAGCUAAGUGAUGGUGAAUAGUCGUAAACAACAACCCCCUCAAGUUAAACCAAAUCUGAAGUUUAGAUGGCUAGGUCAGUUUCUCUUACACUUGUCAUCGGCAAUGAGUCAGCAGUACCGUGAAGCUCAACAUGUUUAUAACUUCAAAAACAUCGUUUCUUGUAUAACCUCUGUGAAAUGCAGCUAAGUGAUGGAGAAUUAAGGUUAAUCAAAUCUGGAGUUUACAUUAGAUUGCUCGGUCAGUUUCUCUUUCACUUGUCAUCAGCAGUGAUGUGAACUCAACAUGUUUAUAACUUCAAAAUUAGUUUUCUUUUUUUCAAUUUUACAACUUUUGGGUCUUAUUUACUAUGAAUUUUUUAGUGUUCAGAAAGUCAUCAGUUUUCGCUGCCCACGGUUGUUUCUACGAACUCGAAACAGACAUCCCAUCCGUUCAAAAAGUAUACGGUACAUUAUCAUGCAUGCAACUUUCUUUUCUCGAAAAGAGAGCUUUAAGCUUAAGGUACUUGCAUCACUUGUGGGGUUCCUUUUGAAGUAUGAUUCAUAACUCAAGUGCAAGUGUUCAUAACAAAUCAAGUUGUUACCGGCUACUAUAAAUUCCCGCCUCACCUGUUCCAAGCCACUUAAUGUAGGAAGUUUGACCAGAAACUUUCAGUAUCGAUUAUAAUGCUAUGUUGUUAGCUAGAUAAACUUGUCCAUGUAAUAACAUAAGAUUGAAUCUUCUGUUUAAAACCACAUUUGUGGAGCAUGUGGUUUUAAAGCAAGGUGGUAUGCACCAAGAACAUUUACUA